AUGGGAUAUUUGCCGUCCGCAAAACUGCUACUAAUAUCGUUGAUAGUCUGUAUUGGUGGCCCAUUUCAACAUGGCUUUCAGGCCGUAGUUACUAGUCCAGCACAACAAGCUUUUACAGAUUUCUUAAACUCGUCUAUAUAUCUACACUAUGGCUGGGAGUUACCACGUUCGUCUGUGCAAACUCUCUGGUCUGUAACAGUAGCAGUCUUGUCUGUUGGUGCCAUAUUUGGUUCGUUAUCUAUCAGCUACGUUGCUACUAGAUUUGGACGUAAAAAUGGGAUGUACAUUUCAGUUUCGCUAGAGAUUGUCGGAACUCUUCUUGCUUUGCUGGCUUAUCAUGUUCCCGUAAAUGCAUUUGCUGUUUCGCUGAUGACCGAUACUGGAUUGUCGCCAAUGGAAGCAUCGCUUGUUAAUAUUGGUCUUAUGGCCAUUCUAGUGGUAUUUGCGACUAUAUCUUCAUUUCUCGUUGAUCGUUAUGGUCGGCGACCACUUAUUCUCAUAUCACUGUUUGGUCUUGUAGUUUGUAAUGCGAUACUCAGUAUUUUAAUGGAAUGUCACAAGCGGUACCAAUACACUUGGAUUGGUUAUAUUCUAUGUGGAGUGAUUGCGUUGACUAAACUGUUUUCUGCAAUCGGUCUGGCUCCGUUAUCUUUUUUUGUCAGUUCUGAAAUGGUUGGACAAGCAGCUCGAAAAAUUGUUGGACGAGCACUUGGUUUUGCAAUUCUAUUUGUUUUUCCGCUGACGUGUGGCGGAAUAUAUUUGUAUUUUUUGAUGCCAGAAACCAAGAACAAAAAUUACAAGGAAGUAAUUGAAGCUAUGCACGAUCUGCCAUCGAUAUCAAAUGUUGUCUGCUGUAGACAAAGAACUGGCACUGCGCAAUUACAGCACAUUAACACCGUUGGCUGA